AGGAUCAACUAGGAAAUCAUCGUAUAAUGUGAGCACCCACGUCCUGGGGUUGAGGAUGCGAGGAAUAAACAUAUUUGAGACAAGGAAAUAGGGGAAUGUGAGCACGUCUAAAUUGUUAAAAUGUUAGAAGUCGUGUAGUGUAUGCCCAGCAUAACAAACUAAGCUUUCAUUGCCACCUUGUGUCUCGGUUCUGGAACAUACAGUAUUUGCUGGAAUUACGUAUUUUCUCUAGACAGAUCACUGCCCAUGUGAGAUUUUUUUUAUUGGUGUGUCAGCCCCGUCCGUACCUGGAACAAGCAGUUUAUUAGGUGUCCAAUUGUACAAGAAUCAUCUCUCGUGAACUUCAAUGGAGAAUUUACCCAAAGGGUCAAAUCCAUGGGAAUAUGAAGUGAGCUAUUUCAGUUGCCAACGGCGCCCAGACCUUCCCAGUAAACACAACAGUACAAAUUGAGAUUCCAGAGCGGGGCGACUUCUGGGAAAGCUUCUAGAGUGGAGCAACUGAUCAACCAAACUAAACUGAGCUCUCCCUCUCAUUCCUGAAUCCUGAGGGCUGCUAGCUUACGCUGACGACAUUUUUGGCACCUGCUCUUUUUUCUCUCUGUACAGAGUUUAGGAGUUUACACCCCUCUACCACCCUAUCCUUAUCCCUCUUCUUCCCAACUCCUGGCAGAAGUGUAGCUAGCUCCAUGAGCUAAGUCCUGAUUUUAUAAUUAUGACCACCAUUUUAAGAUGCAGCAGUAUAUCAGUGUCUGUUUUUUGGGCCUCAGAGUGAAAAAUCAAUAAGCAAGUUUUGACCUGCGAUCGCUUAUCUUCACAGGCAAAACAUUUUUCAGUUGGAAAUUGAUGUCUUUGGACUCUGUGGACGCUUGAAAUAACUUAACUUUUAAAAAGACAACUUCUGAACUGAGUAGUUGGACUUGAGAGAAGAUGUCAGAGUACUAGACGCAUCUGUCUGUCUGUCUUUUUCUGACUGUUGAUGACUCUCUCCUUUGUUCAGAAAGUUCCCCUUUAGGAGAAAAUCACAUCAACAAGCGAACGUUAAAUAAUUUCCCUACUGCGGCUUGUAAGACCUGCUGCAUACUUCCUGCCAUAAAGACCAUACAUCUUUCUGUCCCUUUAAUUAAAAGACUAGAGAAGAAGAGAAGUUUACUCGAGGGCAGGUGGGAGAGAAUCUAGAACACUGGUUUGAAUGAUGCGAUAAAUCGCAGUGGAUUACGAUUGGCCUGGUUAUAGCAUACAUAACCAUGACUGGCAGUAUUUUUAGUUUUACACUAGCACCUGAAUGUACACUAUGGAUGGGCUUGUGGAAUAAGUAGGACUGUACAAAAAACUCUUAUAGACACAAUGGCUGGAAUUGAGGAAUAAGGAGUAAGGGCUAAGAAACUGUUUUACGGACCUUUCUAAGAGCGCCGAUUUUGAUACUCUCUGAACUCUAGUCACAGACAUACAUUCAACCAAAAACAACAAAGACCUUAGGAAAAGGGUCCUAGCCUUCUACAAUCCCUCCCUAACUUCUCCAGUUUUCAACCUUUCCCUAGUGUCUCCUUGCCCCUCAGCGAGCAAGGAUGUCCGGCAGUAGUCACCCCCAACACUGUUCUUAGUUGUUGUCGCAGCUUCAACAGAAGCACCAGGAAGGAUCCUUCGUCAGUCAGGAUGUCUAACGAGUGCCCGACGGAGUGCAAGGCGGUGGUGACGCCAUCGACGCGCAACGGCCACCGCGUCUUCAGCUACACGCUGGAGAGCCACACAGCGGCCGCCUUCGCCAUCAUGAACGAGCUGCGGCUGGACGGCCAGCUGUGCGACGUGACGCUGCGUGUAUGCUACAACGACCUGGAGGCCGUGGACUUCGUGGCACACAAGGUGGUGCUGGCAUCGUCCUCUCCGGUCUUCAGAGCCAUGUUCACCAACGGCCUGAAGGAGUGUGGGAUGGAGGUGGUGCCCAUCGAGGGGAUACACCCCCGGGUAAUGGGCAGGCUGAUAGAGUUUGCCUACACGGCCAGCAUCUCUGUGGGGGAGAAGUGUGUGAUCCACGUCAUGAACGGCGCCGUCAUGUACCAGAUCGACAGUGUGGUCAAGGCCUGCUGCGACUUCCUGGUUACACAGCUGGACCCUAGCAACGCCAUCGGCAUAGCCAGCUUCGCCGAGCAGAUCAGCUGCACGGAGCUCCACCAGAAAGCCCGGGAAUAUAUCUACAUGAACUUCAGCCAGGUGGCGACCCAGGAGGAGUUCUUCAACCUCUCCCAAUGCCAGCUGGUCACCCUCAUCAGCCGUGACGAACUCAACGUGCGCUGUGAGUCAGUGGUUUUUCAGGCUUGUGUGGCGUGGGUCCGGUACGACCGGGAGAACCGGCGGCCCUAUGUCCAGGCCCUGCUCCAGGCAGUGCGGUGCCACUCCCUCACCCCACACUUCCUCCAAGCCCAGCUGCAGUCUCUGGAGUGGGACGACCAGUGUAAAGACUACCUGGCUCAGAUCUUCCAGGAUCUCACCCUCCACAAGCCCACCAAGGUGAUCUCGUGCCGCACGCCCAAGGUGCCCCAGCUCAUCUACACGGCAGGGGGGUACUUCCGCCAGUCCCUGUCCUACCUGGAAGCCUACAACCCCUGUACCGGGUCCUGGCUGAGGCUAGCUGACCUUCAGGUCCCCCGGAGUGGCCUGGCCGCCGUGGUCAUCUCUGGGCUGUUCUACGCUGUCGGAGGAAGGAACAACGCUCCUGACGGGAAUAUGGACUCCAACACGUUGGAUUUGUAUAAUCCCAUGAACAACUGCUGGUUGCCUUGUGCUCCCAUGAGUGUACCAAGGAACAGGAUAGGAGUGGGGGUGAUUGACGGGAUGAUCUAUGCUGUUGGAGGGUCGCAUGGAUGUAUUCAUCAUAACAGCGUGGAGAGGUAUGACCCGGACAGGGACCAGUGGCACCUGGUGGCCCCCAUGUUGACUCGGCGUAUCGGGGUGGGCGUGGCGGUGAUCAACCGGCUGCUGUACGCGGUGGGGGGGUUCGACGGCACCCACCGCCUCUCCUCCUCAGAGUGUUACAACCCAGAGAGAGAUGAGUGGAAGAGCAUGUCUGCCAUGAACACUGUGCGCUCUGGAGCAGGUGUGUGUGCGCUGGGGAACCGUAUCUACGUGAUGGGGGGCUACGACGGCACCAACCAGCUGAACACAGUGGAGCGCUACGACGUUGAGACUGACACCUGGAGCUUUGCAGCCUCCAUGAGGCACCGGCGCUCUGCCCUGGGGGUCACCGCGCACCAUGGGAAGAUCUAUGUACUGGGAGGUUAUGACGGGAACACGUUCCUGGACAGCGUGGAGUGUUAUGACCCGGAGACCGACACGUGGUCGGAGGUGACCCGCAUGAUGUCGGGCCGCAGUGGCGUGGGCGUGGCCGUUACCAUGGAGCCCUGCCAAAAGGACCUGGCCCAGUGUCUGAAGCAUGAGAGGACGGAGGUCACUGGCGGUUGUGAGGGUGGUAGUUUAGGGUGUUCAGGGACAGGAGGGUUCGUACCAUAACUCCAGACACGGUGCCUUCGGCAAGGGGACUUGAGUCGUACGCUCGCCACCAUCCCUGGCUGAGUCUUCUUCAGUCCUCAGUCUUCCAUGGAAAAGUGCCCCCACCUUGAAUAGAAAACAGAAACACAGGUCUUCUGAAAAACACAAGAUCGCAGAGGCCCUCCGUAGCCCUGUUGGUUUCACACAACUUCAGUCAUGUGACAAGUUGUUUAAUGAUAAAUUGUUUGAUUUGAUAUAGUUUAUGAUCCAGCACGUUGAUUCACUCACUGUUCCUGUGAGAACAAUGCAGAUGGGCAAAGUCAUAGAAUGUUUCAUCUGUUCUACUCUACUUCUAUGUGAUCCAUCCCAUACCACCACAGUAGCAUUAUAGCGCCCCCUUGGACCAAUGACCAAUGUUUCCCUGGUCUACACCAAGAGGAGAAAGGGCUGUACAAUAUAUUUGAAAGGCUACUAACUAACCUCUGUCUACUGAAUUAGUAGUCACUUUUUUCUAUUUCAAGACCAGCCUGUGCAGGUAAACCAAAUAUUUUGGGGAGGGGAAGAAAUAUACAAAAUUGCAUACUUUCAACAACAAAAAGACAACGUACUUGUAAGACAAAGUACCUGUUGCUGAGAAUUUUCCUGCACAGCAGUAAAUGCAAACGUGUAGUGUAUUCAAGGUUUAAAAAGGCUUCUAAAGU